GUAAAUAUUGUUUUGAAUUUAAAAUAAUAAAAUGCCUUUAAUAAUAAUAUGUGGUACUCCAGUUAGUGGUAAAACAACUAGAGCGAAUGAAGUAAAAGAAUUCUUUGAAAAAACACACAAGAAACAAGUCGAUAUUGUCUCAGAAGACGAAACAAUUUUGAAGUUAGGUUAUGAUAAGAAUUCGAAUUAUUUAGAUUUCCAGAAAGAAAAAAGAGUCCGAGGACAUUUAAAAUCCGAAGUUAUACGACUUAUUAAUAAGGAUAACGUUGUAGUAUUAGACGGAAGCAAUUAUAUUAAAGGUUACCGCUAUGAAUUAUACUGUGCAUCAAAAGCAUCUAAGUCGACACAAUGUACUAUUUACACAAUUCGCAACCACCAAGAAGCAUGGGAAGAUAACCUAAAAAGAAUCAAUCAAAAAGAACAGCAAGAAUGUACAAUAGCAGAUAAUUUAGACAAAAGUAUAUGCAAUGUGCCAUAUACAGAAGAAGUUUUUAAUGCACUUACAAAAUUAAGAUUUGAAGAACCUAUUUCCAAUAACAGAUGGGACAGUCCGCUUUUCACAGUGCAACCAACAGAUGAAUUGGAUUUAGAGGGUCUUUAUAAAGUCCUGUUUGAAAAGAAACCGCCCCCUCCAAACAUGAGUACACAAAAUCCUCCGCUUAGUUCAACAAACUUCCUUUAUGAACUCGACAAAGUAACUCAAGCUAUUUCAAAACAUAUACUGGAUUCGAAACAAUUGAAUCUAGACAAAGUCAAAUUCCCAGACUAUCCGGGAUGUGAACUCGAAGUAAGUAUCAUGAACACAAUUAACCCCCAACAGCUCCUGAGACUACGAAGGCAGUUCCUGACUUAUGCUAAAAUGAAUCAUUCGAACGAAAAUGCUAAUAAAAUUGGAAGAUAUUUUAUACAAUAUUUAAAUAAAACCCUGACAGAUUGAUUUAUA